AUGCACCCUGCACCCAGUCUAGCAGAGCUCUUGAAGUCGGAUGAUCCCCGCCCCCAGCCUCACCAACAACAAGAGUCCAGUCAAUCACUGGAGCAACAUCAAAUCCAGCAGGCUCAGGUAGGACUUGCCCAAGCUGCCGAGAUUCACUCUGCACUUCGAAUCAAUUCGCCGCCCAUUAGGAAAGACACUGGAUCCUCAAUAUCCACGGUUGCGACUGACGCGACAGUUGCGACGAACGGCACUGACGACAGUACCUCGACGGGUUACAGCGUAGAGUCUUCGCAGUCGAUUUUUUCUGUCAAAGAUGGCGCUGAAAUCUCGGGUAACCGUCGCGCCAGUCGCAGGCGCACAGGCCCCCUCUCGUCUGCCCAACGAGAGAAGGCGGCGUUGAUACGAAAGCUGGGAGCCUGCACUGACUGUCGCAGAAGGCGAGUUGCGUGCCACCCAAACCAUCACAACAUGACCUGGGAAGAUGCCAUCAGGAAGUACCAGACUGCUCAUAGCCCUAUGCAGGAGCUUGCCCCCUUAGUAGGGCGCCCAAUCAGCCCUGCCUCCGGCCUCAGGUAUGGGUAUGUUCAUAAUGCUGAAGAUAUGGACAUCGACUCAACCCCAACCCCGCCCCCGGCGCAGACUACACCGGGACGCGCACUGCUGAGUGACGCACGAAUUCGGACACCCUUGCCUUCUGGACCUCGUGUCUCCAUGCCCCUACUGGCCGCCGCGCUACCUCCGCUCACGACUCUACCGAAUAUUGAUUUCAUCAAGUCGGAACUAGAUACUGCCGCGUCGAAGUACCUUUCUGGUCCUCACACAGGGCGGUAUAGUGCCGUUGAGGCACUUCUCAUUCGCUGGCAAGACGAUGAGAGCCCCGAGGUUUUGACCGCUAUCGAGGAAUUACGAUCAGUCUUCCAAGUGUACUCGUUCUCGUUGAAGUCCAUUGAAAUCCCACCUUCCUCAUCGGGUCUAUGUAAGAACUCGCAGAGGUGGCUGUCGCGCGAGAUCAAUGACUUCACCGAAGACAGAGACACCAGAGAUGUUCUGAAAAUCGUUUAUUACAAUGGGUGCACUCUGUUAGACGACGGCGAAAUGGUUCUGUCGAGUCCCCUUGAUCGUGACAGAUCAUCCAUUAUCCGAUGGAGUGGCAUCCAGGGGUUUCUGGAAGGAGCACGUUGUGAUACGUUAAUCAUCUUUGAUGCCAUAUAUCAUGCUUCUUCCAAGAUGACUCGCCGUGAAGGAGUGCUUGAACUGCUUGCUGCAUCUGCCGACGAGGAUCAUUUCGGCGUCAUUGGCAGAAAUACAUUCACCAAAAUACUAGCUCAUCAGCUGCGACAACGUGCUGCUCAGCGAUCGUUUGAGCCCCUAUCUGGCGCAGAACUGCAUACUAGAAUCCUUUCUGCCUAUGCCAAGGUGGUUCAGGACAAGCACCCCGAUGGCCAACUUGCGAAGGUGCCCAUACCUCUACAUUUGCAAAUGUCUGGAAAUUCAAAGUUACCAUCCAUUACGUUAUACCCAAUUUCAAAUACCCGGCCACGAACGCCGAGUUUCAACCCAGAAGGUCUGGGAGGCUAUCAAUUGACCUUGUCAAUUAGGCUAGCCGAUGAGAACCUUGACACAAACUGCUGGAGUGAGUGGCUCCGCAUGAUGCCCGAAGGAGUCAAGGAUGUCAGGGUUGCAGGGCCUUACAAUACGUUUCGGUGA